GCGAAUGAUUGAUCGAAUGUAUACGUACACCACACCCAUCGCGUCUCCUCACAUACACGCAUAGACACAAAAAGAUAGACACACAAGCUCUCCAUGUCAAUCUCAUCCCUUAUCUGCUGCAUCCAUGCAGCACAUGCAUCCGUCGUCGACGGAUGCUCUCAUAAAAAAUCACCUGCCAAGACCUGGGAGAGUUAUCAUGUCUCUUUCACCCACAGCAGAUCCCGGAACACACACCUCUGACGCCACCCACCCAUAUGUGAGACAAUCAAAGCACAUGACCGUCCGUCGCAUUGCCUUAGGUAGGAUCUAUGUCAUUUGUGGUAUAUGCGUAUAAGCCGAGUGUGGACAAAACUCUAGCAGCUUCACAUCUCCGUAGACGGCAGGUUGCAGAUCACGCAGCAGAGACAUGGCGAUCCAGUGUGAGAAGGUGGACGCGAACGCGGUAGAUGCGACGAACAGGGUCAUCAGCUUGAAUGUCAGGACUCCGGGCUCAUUCUCACUCCGGAGCAUGGGCAGAUUGUGCAGCCGCACCGUUACCUACACGCACCAACCAGACACACAUUAGACAUACUGUCGCGUCCAUUAUGGUAAUAUCUCGCCGCUAUGUAUCGUCGUGUCUCCCUCCCUUGUCUCUCACUAGCUUGCCCAGCCGACCCACCAUGAACAAGAUGACCUCGCAUGCCAUCUCGAUUGCGACGAGGACACCCAGCCCGCCCAGCCUCUCGAGCAGCCGGGGCAGCGAGAAGGGAUGCAGCAGCUGCUCCAUCGAUAUAAGUGAGAGAUUGAUGAAGAUCAGAAUCAGGCUCUCGGCCUGGUUGUAGGCGUACUGUUGGUCCCUCAACGCACGAAGAUACCUCGGACGAAAGUCGAAUGCGAUGAAAUUACUCUGGAGGUCGAGGGUCGACUUUAUGGAUGACAGACUAGUGGAAGCUGACCGCAUUCGCCGGCCCAUCCGCAUCACGCUCUGAUGGAUCUCGCUCGACGAGUGCCUCGGCUCCCCACUGCUGAGACGACUAAUCGAUGCUGCUGUCCCCUUGUUGCUCGAUGUCAUGGUCUCGAUAUGCUCAGUAUGGCUUUCGCACUCGGAGCUUGGACAGCCUAUCUUCUGUGCCGGCUUGGCCGAUCGGUCGUUACGUGGCCUCGUGAGCCACCGGGUGACAUUGACUUGGAGCAUAUCGGUAUAGGGCACCGCCAGGUCACCCACGAGAUCGUAGAGGGCGAACAGCAAAGACGACAUGACCUUGUUUCUGAGGAAGGUCAUUUCAGCCUGUUGCAUCAGGCAACGAACGACAGGACAGACAGACGACACACAGCAGAAACACACAAGCCGAUCGAUGCCAGGUUGUGUGCCAUUUUUUCGCUGUAUGCUGACCUGUAGCAGACGGGGAAUGAUAAGGGAUCCCAAAACCAGAUAAUAGAUUACAGCAUGAUUGUACAGCGGCGGCCCAUCUCUCAUCUUGCGUACCUAUAGAAAGCAACCGUGGAACGACAAGAGAUCUCAGAGAGACAGACAGAUCGAACGUAUAGAUGCUUUAAAAGUUGUACCAUCCCGUUUGCCAGGGCCACCAAAGGAAAGGAGCAGAAGAGACAUGUGAAGGCCACUAGGGCCCUCUCGCCAUCGGUCGCCGCCCUCUCGCCUCUCGGGAGGAAGAUGGCACUCCAUAAAAAGGCAGCCGUCAGCGAAACAAUGGGAACAAUUGUCAUCUGAAGGGUGUACAGCCAUCGUCUCUUCACGGCUGGCGUAUCCCGCGCCACUUGUUGAAAGAGCCCAAAUGGGAGUAAGACCAUGUAGCCUAUAUACUCUAACCUGUAAGAGACACAUGAGAAAAUAAGCAAUCAUGUGUCUUCAGGCUUGCUCUCGAGGUGCCUAUGUGUCUCGCUCACUUACGUUAGAAGGAUCACAGCAUAGGGCCAAAGACGAGGCUGGACAAAGAGGUGGGGUAAGGCAACGCUGACGACUGUAGGUACGAGAAAGUAAUGCCACGAUUUGCAGAACCGGCUAAACAAUCUCUCGCAACGGUAUCCCUCAACGAUUGCCAGGUAGUAUACGAUGACGCACAAGGAGGUCGCCGUAGUCCUUGCGUAGUCCACAGCUAUCACUAGGGGUGUCGUUUUGGAUUCGCACGUGCGCCAAAAGGCAAGCGGCCAAACCACCUGCAUGCGUGCGAGACAGAUUUGAACAGCUUCUCUUCCUUCUUCGCUUUUUAGGAAAGCCCACCAUUGGUAAGGCCAAGAGAAAUGCGUACAAAACUUGCAGCAUGACGGUGCGGAUGACGCGCCAUAGUGACCGCUUAAAUGGCUCAGGCGAAAAACGACUGCCAAUCAGCACUUCCCGCACUUGGAUUGUCUCUCCAUCAUCCACCACUGUCGGCUCAUAAACAAGAUGCGAUUCGAAUUCUUCGAAGGCCGCCGGGUAAUUUGCAUGCACGCGCGGGUGCAGUGCGGACAUGAAAG